CUUCCAAACGAACCAAUGCUACAGUACAUAUACAUACAGUAAUUCGCGAUCGUGGUUUUAAUUCGCGCAAUUCAUUACAGUAGCUACUGGUACGCAGUACUGUAGAAGAUCGGGUACGUACGGGUACGUACGGGUACGUAGCAUCAGUAUUCGUACGAUACACAUCUUCUUCUCCUUUGUUGUGGCACGGUGAAGGAACCGUCCAUCAUCCAACAGAAGCCGACUGCGUUGCCCUGCUUGUACCACUCAUUGACAAUUGACAAGCAAAACCAAAACGCAUCCGAUAGCGACGGGAGACAAUGAUGCGGACCGAACACAGCGAUUUAUCCCCUCGAUUGUCUCUGGAAGUCGCGGGGCAUCCUCUGUCUUCUCUGGGUUUCGAUGGCAACCGAAGCAGCUCCUCGCCGCAGGAACACCGGAGAGGAGUUGGUUUGGGAGAGAGGAGAGUGGGGGUUCUUUCUCUCUCUUCUCCCCCGGCAGCAAUAGCAUCGCCAGCGGGUACGGGAACGGGAACGGGAACCACGGCGCUCGUGAUCAAGGAAGAAGACCUGAGGCUCCUCUCCGACGCCGUGGGAGGGGUUCUGGAGGGGGCCGACGAGACGCUCCGGUGCCUGGAGACCGAUCGGGCCUUGCUCCCCUCGGCGAUUCUCCGAAAGUGCAACGAGAUUGCGGACGGACUGGCCUCGCUGGCAGCGGAACUGGAGGGGCAAUCCCCGGAGGAACGAAACCGGCUGGCGGACGCCAUCGGCCACGACCUCCGGCUCUGCGACGAGGCACUGCUCGGGGCGCAAGGCGGGGGGGCCGAGGCGGAAAUUCACGCGGGGAAUCCUGCGAGUGCAAGCGAUGAUUAUGAUUUCGUGGUUGGCAACGAGAGGGACGAGGUUCUCCGGGCUCUGUCGGGGGCGUCGACGCUCCUGCGAGACAUGGAAACCUCCUUUCGGGAGAUCGGGGACGAGGAAGCCGAAGAGAUUGCCGAUGCCGCCCUGAUCACGGCCCGGCUCUUCCUCCUCUCCCUGGAGAGCUUCYACUCAAACCUGGUGGAAAACCUCGACCGAGGCGACGACCGAGGGCGCUGCGGAGAACCCAUCGCCUCGGGUGUUUUCAUCGAAGAAUUGCCGGACGGCGACGGAGGCACCGACGGAGGCAGCGACGGCGACGGCGGAGCAGAGCCACGGGAGGAGCACCGGGCAGGCCGGACACGAGAAUCCCGGAGGCACGCGCACCGCCGCAUGCGGGUCCUGUGGCCGGCCCUGGGCCCGGGCGUCGACACGGCCAUGGCCUGGACCAGGGAGGAAGCCACCAGGCGUCCCUUCCUGGCCGUGGCCCUGGGGCUGACGCUCUGGCCGGUGGCCCUUUCCACGGCCCUCCUCGGAACCUCCGUGGCCCUGAUCGACGGGGCCGUCCAGGAGGCCUACGACCGCUUCAAGGACGGCCCCUGGAUCUCGGCCCUCGAGCACGGCGCGGCGCAGGCCUACCAGGCGGGGAGGCUCUCGGUGGCGACGGGAAGGCUCGUGGGGAGGCAGGGCCUCAGGGUGGCCGCGAGGCAGAUCGAGCGCCGCGGGGGCCUCGGACCCGUGGCCCUGGACCUGGGGGGGAUGGCCCUGGACAAGAUCGCCCACCCCAUCGACACGAUCGGGAAGGCCUGGGACGGCUUGCACUGGGGCUUUGGUGCGGUGAGGGACACGGCGGAGGAGUUCUUGUCGGUCCGCCGGGAGCGGCGGGAGUCCAUGGUAUAGGCCAACGAGCCGGAGCGAAGUGGGGCGAGGGGAGGCGAGACGAGACGWGACGUGAUGAGGCGAGAUGCACCGACGAAGCUCUUGGGGAASCAUCGAACCCGCAGCGAGCAGAGCAGAGCAGAGCAGUGCGAUGCGAUGCGAUGCUAUGCGAUGCGAUUUGCAAAAGAGUUGGUGGUUUGAUCUGCCGUUUGGUUGGUGUUCUCUUGUAAAUACAUMUGCGAGGUCUAU